AUGGAGCCACCGUUGCUGGUGGCCGCCAUGUCUCCCGAAGUACGCCAGGCGACGGAGCUGAAGUUGAAGCGGAAGAUUGAUAUAAGGUUGAUGCCGAUGAUUAUUCUGAUGUAUAUCAUGAAUUAUCUGGAUCGGAACAAUAUCGCGGCUGUGAGGCUUGCUGGGUUGCAGGAUGAGCUGGAUUUGAGUAGUACGCAGUAUCAGACUGUUAUCAGCAUCUUGUUUGUGGGAUAUAUCCUUAUGCAGAUUCCUUCGAACCUCUUCUUAAAUAAGAUUGGAAAACCUGCUAUAUACUUACCAAGUUGUAUGGUCGCAUGGGGCAUAAUCUCGGGUUCCACGGCUGGCUGUCACAACUUUGCAGGCUUGAUUGUCAUUCGCUUCUUUCUCGGUUUCGUGGAGGCUGCUUAUUUCCCCGGCUGUUUGUUCUACCUCAGCGCUUGGUAUACCAGGAAAGAACUAGGACUACGCACCGCGAUUCUUUAUUCUGGAAGUCUGGUAUCUGGAGCAUUUGGAGGGCUAAUUACCGCCGGUAUAACCAGUAACAUGGACGGAACGAAAGGCCUUCGUGCUUGGCGCUGGGUGUUCAUAAUAGAAGGUGUAAUUACUGUCGUCAUCGCCGCCGCCUCGUUCUUCAUCUUACCCAAUUUCCCCCGAACGACCACCUGGCUUACGGAGGAGGAGCGGCAAUUAGCCGUCUGGCGCCUACAAGAAGAUAUCGGUGAAGACGAUUGGGUGAACAGCGAGCAGCAGAGCUUCUUCCACGGCAUGAAGCUCGCGUUCUUGGAUAUCAAGACAUGGAUCCUGAUGAUAAUGCUCCUCGGUUUCGUCUCAUCGGCCUCAGUGACGAACUUCUUCCCGACUGUCGUAAAAACGCUCGGUUACAACAACGUCAACACGCUCCUCCUCACCGCCCCGCCGUACGUCCUGGCCGUCAUCACGACCUUCGCAAACGCAUGGCACGCAGACCGAACGGGCGAGCGCUACUUCCACAUCGUGCUCCCCCUCUGCCUCGGCGUCGCGGCCUUCAUCUUAGCCGCCGCGACAACGGCCACGGCGCCUCGCUACGUAUCAAUGAUGCUUAUGGUUCCUGGAGUGUAUACUGGUUAUGUGGUCGCACUGGCAUGGAUUUCUAACUCGAUUCCUCGACCCCCGGCCAAGCGCGCGGCAGCGCUAGCUGCGAUCAAUGCUGUUAGUAACGCGAGCUCGAUCUAUGCGAGCUAUAUGUACCCGCAGCAGAAAGGGGUUACGCAUCCGAAUUUGGUUGUGCCGAUGUCGGUGGAUUGUGCGACAGCUGUGCUUGCUAUCAUCAUGGCGACAGUGCUGAGAUUGAUGUUGGUGAGGCUGAAUAAGAAGCUGGAUCGUGGGCAUCAUGUGGAGGGUGCGAUAAAUGCGGUUCCGGGAGAGGCGUCGGAGAAUGGAUUCAGGUUCUUGUUGUAA